AUGACUGAACAGCAAGCCCUCGCCACAACAGUGAGAAAUUUGGAGCGUCAAAUGGGACAGCUUGCCAGUGCUCAAAACACUAGACCAGCUGGAGCUCUUCCAAGUGACACUGAAGCAAAUCCUAGGGCGGCCCUUAAUGCCGUGUCGUUGAGGAAUGGGCGACAACUAGAAGAAGUUCUGUCUAAAAAGAGGAAACAUGUGCAAAUUAAUAUUCCAUUGGUUGACAUCUUACAAGAAGUACCCAAAUAUGCAAAGUACGUCAAGGAUAUUGUGGCAAAUAAAAGGAGGCUGUCCGAGUUCGAGACUGUGGCACUCACUGAGGAGUGCAGUUCCAGAAUUCAAGGCAAGUUACCUCAGAAAUUGAAAGAUCCAGGUAGUUUCACUAUCCAAAUCUGGAUUGGUAAACAUGCGGUUGGGCGAGCUUUAUGUGAUCUUGGAGCAAGCAUCAAUUUGAUGCCGCUAUCUGUGUUCAGACAGUUGGGGUUGGGUGAGCCACGCCCAACAACAGUUAUCUUACAGUUAGCUGAUCGCUCCCUUGCUUAUCCUGAGGGAGUGAUUGAAGAUGUCCUAGUUCAAGUGGGUUCCUUCAUAUUCCCUGAUGAUUUCAUUAUCUUGGAUUACGAGCCUGAUCAUGAAGUCCCAUUUAUUUUGGGGCGUCCAUUCUUAGCCACGGGCCGAGCUAUUAUCGAUGUCUGCGAAGGAAGGAUGACAAUGAGAGUGGGUGAUCGAGUGGAGGUCUUCAAUGUUUAUAGAGCACUCAAGUUACCAGCCCACUAUGAAGAGUUAUCCAUGAUCUCUGUGGUGGAGAGUGAUGCCACAUCGUUAGUACCCUAUAUGAGCCCUGCAGAUCCUGUUGAGCGAGUAUUGAUUGGGGAUGUAGAAAAUAGUGAAGAUGAAAUGAUAGGAGAAAUUGAGCAAGUACUGGAUAUGUCCUGUAGUUAUGUACAUGGGUUUAGAAAAUUUGAAGAGUUGGACAGGCCUGUUACUCUGACCUUUCCCAGGCCAUCUAUUGAAGAAGCUCCGAAGCUAGAACUCAAGCCACUUCCAGCGCAUUUGCGCUAUGCUUAUUUGGGGAACUGUGAGACAUUGCCUGUGAUUAUUUCAUCCAGCUUGACCAGCACUCAAGAAGAAAAGCUGCUCAGAAUACUCCGCGAGCACAAAAAGGCCAUUGGGUGGACUAUAGCUAACAUCAAGGGUAUUAGUCCAUCAUUUUGCAUGCAUAAAAUCUUUUUAGAGGACGGACACCGGCCCAGUAUGGAGCACAACUGGGUAAGCCCGGUUCAAUGUGUGCCCAAAAAGGGAGGAAUGACUGUAGUCGAGAACGAGAAGAAUGAGCUAAUCCCCGCUCGCACUAUUACGGGGUGGAGAGUCUGCAUUGAUUAUAGAAGGCUCAACAAGGCAAAUCGCAAGGACCAUUUCCCACUUCCAUUCAUUGACCAAAUGCUAGACAGGCUACUUGAAAAAGAUGUAACUUUCAACUUUGAUGAUGCUUGCCUCAAGGCAUUUGAAGAACUUAAAAAGAAGUUGGUGACUGCUCCCAUUAUUGUGGUACCCGAUUGGUCUUUACCAUUUGAACUUAUGUGUGAUGCGAGUGACCUCGCUAUUGGGCCAGUGCUAGGCCAGAGGAAGGACAAGGUGUUUUACUCCAUCUACUAUGCAAGCAAGACUCUUGAUGAUGCACAACUGAAUUACACCACCACUGAGAAAAAGUUGUUAGCUGUUGUGUGGGCCUUUGAGAAAUUUCGGGAGUUUGAUGUAGAAAUACGAGAUCGAAAGGGGACAGAGAACCAAGUAGCUGACCAUCUAUCAAGGUUGGAAAAUCACGAUCACGUGGAGGAGGAAAUCCAAUCUGAAGCUAGAAAGAGGUUUUUACAUGAUGUGAACUUCUACUACUGGGAUGAGCCCUAUUUGUACAAGCAAUGUGCUGACCAGUUGAUGAGGAGAUGCAUUCCUGAAAAAGAGGUGGAAUUAGUGUUGUAUGAUUGUCACGCAUCACCUUAUGGGGGCCAUCAUGGAGGAGAUAGAACAGCUGCAAAGGUGUUACAAUCCGGUCUCUUUUGGCCAACUUUAUUCAAAGAUGCCCAUGCAUUCGUUAAGAAGUGUGACCAAUAUUUUAUGGGGCCAUUUCCACCGUCCAGAGGAAACAAAUACAUUUUGCUAGCAGUUGAAUACGUGUCAAAAUGGGUGGAAGCAAUUGCUUUGCCAACGAAUGAUGCCAUGGUGGUAGCAGCUUUUGUGAAGAAGAACAUUUGGGACUCCACAGUUGCUACAGCAUAUCAUCCUCAGACAAGUGGGCAAGCUGAGGUGUCAAACAGAGAAAUUAAGCAGAUAUUAGAGAAGACGGUGAGUGUAAAUAGGAAGGAUUGGGCUGCAAAGUUAGAUGAUGCCUUAUGGGCGUAUAGGACUGCAUAUAAAAUGCCAAUUGGAGCGUCCCCUUACAAGCUGGUUUAUGGGAAAGCAUGUCACUUGCCCGUCGAACUGGAACAUAAGGCAUACUGGGCCAUUAAAAAGCUGAACAUGGACCUUGAAGCCGCAUGCGAGAAAAGGCUUAUGCAGUUGAAUGCGUUAGAUGAGUUCAGGCUGCACUCUUAUGAAAAUGCUAAGCUAUAUAAAGAAAAGACAAAAAGAUGGCAUGACAAGCAUAUCAAGCCGCGUCACUUCGAGCCAGGACAACAUGUAUUAUUAUUCAAUUCUAGACUACGGCUGUUCCCUGGGAAGCUAAAGUCAAGAUGGUCAGGUCCUUUUGAGGUGGUGAGAGUCACUCCUUAUGGUGCAAUCGAGCUGCGAGCUUUAAAUGGUGAGAGGAAAUUCUUGGUGAAUGGUCAUAGAGUCAAGCAUUAUUGGGUAGGAGUGAUAAAUCAUGAGAAGACCAAGGUUGUACUCGCUGAUGAGUAA